AUGCAGCUCGCCCCCAUUCCCCCCCUUUCCGUCUCUCCUCUCCUCCUCCUCCUCCUCCUCCUCCCCUCCUCCCAGUCCUUCGUCGCUCCCACUCCAAGAGCUCUCCCGUCCUUCUCCUCCUCCUCCUCAGGCUGUUCCCCUGCAGCUGCUCGUGGCAGGACAGGAGCUGUCUUAGCUCCAUUCUCCAUCCCCGUCCGGUCGCUCGACAACCAUAUCGAGAUCGAUGCUGACUUUCCUGGCCUGCGGAAGCUUCACAGCAGCCCUGAUAUCUUCCUCGUUGACGACAUGCUUGAAGGUGGGGAGUGCGCGGAGAUAGUAGAGGCAGCGAAGGCCAAGGGUCUUGAGCUCUCCCCUGUCGCCUAUGCUGGAUGGACGGAGGACGCAGCGAUCUGGAGCAGGUCGCGCUGGUGGGGCUGGGCAUCUGGAUGGGACUCUCAGUAG